GGAAAACACUCGUCUGCAGCAGAUCUUUUCCGGGGAGCCGAGUCCGGUGCUCAUACUUCAGUUGGCUACUCUCCUCAAUCAUUCUCGCCGGAUAGCCUCUGGCGAUAAUCAGGUACCAGCGCUCCCGCUUCUCACCGUCUGCCGAAACUUGAGUUUACGUGUCGAUCUGGGUUGAAUCCCUGGGUAAACUCGGAAUCGUCAACAAAGGAAGUGUCAGCGCUCAGAUUCUGAUUUUCCCCCUUCGCGGAAUCAUGUGGGAGGAUGGACUGCUGAUCGUGGCCGUGUCUUUCUUCACCGCUUUCGUCGGCGAAGGCCUGACGUGGUUAACAGUUUACCGGACUCAGAAGUACCAGCGUCUCAAGGCUGAGGUCGAAAAACAAAGUAAAAAACUUGAGAAGAAGAAGGAAAGCGUCAACGUCGCUGAAACUGACAAAGCGUCGAAGAAAAAACUCGAGAGAGACGAGGAGAGACUUCGGAAUAACAACAGAGAUCUCAACUUCGUGAAGAUGAAGUCCAUGUUCGCUAUCGGGGUGGCUUUCACGGCUCUCCUCUCGUGCUUCAACAACAUAUUCGACGGGAGAGUUGUCGCGAAACUGCCAUUUGUGCCGAUUGCUUGGUUCCAAGGAAUAAGUCACAGGAAUCUCGCGGGCGAAGAUUUUACUGACUGCUCGUUCAUAUUCCUUUAUAUCUUGUCGACGAUGUCUAUCCGGCAGAAUGUGCAGAAACUUCUGGUUUUGCGCCAUCCCGCGCAGUAGCGAAGCAGAGCGGAACUAUGUUCGCCCCUCCGCAGCACAUGCGGUAGAUGAGGGACAUCAAGCAGCGUGGACGAAUGCUCAUCUUAUUCCGAGCAUUUGAUCAUUCUCCCGCCGAGCGGGGUCGCCGUUAUUCAUCAGCCAACGAUUCUUGUACCUGGGGAUGUCCUCCGCCUUUUCCUCGGAUCGUAUCUUACGAUCUCCCCGCUAACGGUCCGAUGACAUUUUUUCGUACAUGGAAUGAUAAGAAUAAACCUCGGAACGAUGGGUCUAAGGAGCUCUGCU